CAGAACACCAAUCAACUAUCAAGGCCAUCUCAAAGUCGCGCCUUGGCGUUCUUCUGGUCCGGACCGUCAAGGACUGACUAAAUAAAGCAAACCAAUCAUGGCCAUAGUUGUCACGCCUUGGCGUCCUCCUGGUCCGGACCGUCAAGGUCGCGAAGAAGGACUACAAGGUUGCGAUACAAGGAAGAAAAUGCUAGAAAACAUCGAAAGCGAGAUAGACCAGUUACCGGAGGCUGCGGUGACCCGGUCGAUGUCGAGAAGUGUGGUAAACGACGGGGAACAGCCGAAUGUGGAGCCUGGAACCAGGGAUGCAACGUGGAUCAACUUUAAUUCGACGACGCGCCAGUAUGCGACCCAACCAAAAACGCAGAAACCAACACGCAAGCGAAAGAAAACCGACGCCUUCACGGCUGUCCAACUAAAUGGCACCCCAAACAUUGAAUUUACAGGCAACAGCGAUGGACACCCGAACAAACUUGACGAAAUUGCAUGGCUUAUAACCGAGCUGAAAGGAAUCAUCGCACAACAAGGCCAGGCGGUGGAGACUCUCAAAACAUGCUGUGAAGAGUUAAAAGCAGACCAGAAAGAGUUAAUCAGGCAAAACUCGAGCCUUAAAGAUGAGAUAACUGCUCUGAGAACCCAGGUGACACAUAGACCGGAUCAACGAUCUUGGGCAUCAAUUGCCUCCAACGGCGGAACGAAUGGCGAAUCAUCAACCCCUCCACCGGCCCCAACGUCCGCAUCUACAAAAGCUGACAGGAAAGACCCCCCGCUCUGCGUCCGUAUCAGUGCGGUACAGGCUUCCGACCCAAUGGAAUAUGGAGGGUCCCUCACAAGAUAUCUCCCCGUGGAAGAGGUCAAAGCGAGGGUCACAGACGCCCUACAAAAGAAUACGCCAACCGAAGGAGUCGAGAUCAUCGGGGUAGGAACCACAAAAACAGGGUACAUCAUCCGCUUCCGGGAUGAAGCCUCCAAAGACACUGCCAGCGUGAACGGGGGGUGGCUCCGGAACCUGGGAAGCCAAACAAAGCUGGUCAGACCCAGAUUUGGUGUGGUAGUACACCGAACACCCACACAUGAAGUCGACACCGAGGACAAACCACAAAGCAUGAAGAAGAUAACAGAGGAAAAUGAGCUCGCCCAAAAGGGAUACAAGGUAGAAGAAAUCGCAUGGCUCAAGAAGAGGGAAUCCACGCUAGGCGCGUCGGCAUCACUUGGGAUAUGGUUCGAUAGUGCGGAAGCUGCCGAAUGGGCGGUAAACAAUGGAAUGGUGUUUGGACAUCGAUAUAUAGGCAGCAUUGAGGCAUAUCAGAUCAAGAAGAAACGAUGCCACAGAUGCCUGGCCUUCGGCCACCUGGCCUGGAACUGCAAAGAGAGACUACGAUGUGGUUUCUGUACGCGAGAGCACAACACAGCUAACUGCCCUCGAGAGUCGACUCCUAAAUGCGCAGACUGCGCAGAACGCCACCCGACAGGAGCAACAGAGUGCAAAUCGAGAGCCAAUGUUACCAGCCUUCAAUGUUAA